CCUCUCUUAUCUGCCCUGGGGAAAAACGGGGGCGGUAGGAAGGGGGAAGUUGGAUUACUGGGAGAUGUUCAGCGUCGCUGCCACGGAGGAGGCGUGCGGGAGAUGGGUGCUUUGCCCCGGUCGAGAGCGGGCCUCGUCCUGCUGCUGCUGCUGGUCCCACCCGUUCUCCUUGCCCUGCAGCUCCUCGUCGUGGCGCGUUUGUGGGUGGAGGAGAGGGACGGAGCUGUCGCCUUCACCGUUAUCAGCAUAGAGCCGAAGAGGAGGUCAACAGGCAAGGCUUGGGGAGCCAGCUCCGGGAGAGCGGGGACGGAGGAGGAGGAGGUGAAGGAUGGGGCGCGAGCGUAUGAGGAGGAAAACGAGAUGCACGAGCGCCAGGUGGGACCCAGAGUGAUGGAGAUGCAGCCAUGGGCAGUGAACAAGCCGUCCUUCUCAGCAGAACUCGGUCGCAUCAUCACGUAUAUCACAAGGCCACAGCUGAACUGCUCCAGGGUUUUACCCCCAGGGAAGGCCCAGGCAGUGGCGUCCCCCGUGGCUUCAGCUCGCUGGCUGCUGUGUGCCGAGGACUGGCUGCUUCCAGCUGCAGAUAAACUCUGCGUUGCCUACUCCUUCAGCAUGGAUGGAGGAGACGCAGACUUUCUGAGCACCGUCUCCCGACUCGGAUGCGAAACCCACAGUUUUGAUCCCAGCACCUCCAGUGCAUCUGUUGGUCACCUUGGCAACAGUUUGGCCAGUAACCAUGGCAACAGGGGCGUCGUCAGCCAGCACAAAUUGUGGCUGGAGUGGCGAGCACCUAAGAGGCGCAGGCACGGAGCGAGUGGCAGGACGGGCGGGGUUUCUCACACGCUGGACGACAUCAUGGCGAUGCUGGGGCAUCACACCGUUCAUUUCUUGUAUGCUGACCUGUUAGGUGCUGAGUGGCGGCUUUUUCAGAACUGGAUCGAGGCCGGGACUCUGCAGAACAUUCAUCAUCUGGUCGCCACUGUGCACCUGCACUGGGCGGGCUUUGAGGUGGGGGGCAGCGACGAGGAGGUGCUCCGCUACUGGUUCAGUGUGCUGCGGGGCCUCGAGGCCGCUGGACUCCACCUGGUUCACAGCUCCUCAGGAGAGGAUCACAGUGUCCUGAAACACACUGUAGAAAAUGCUCACAGCUCCUACACCCUCAGCUGGGUCAACACACGACACUGAUACUCAGAAAACGCUGUUAUGGAGGGAAACAAGCAAGACUAAGAAUGUUUUGCCUGAAAAUGAUGCAGUUUUGUGUAAAAAAUUUGCCUUUUUUUUUUUUACCACAAAUUUCUUCAUCCAACACCGCCCUCUAGUGGAAGUUAAUGGAUUUACAUUUUAAAAGUUUUUUCAUAUACAAUGGCUGAUGUUCUUUGUUCAGGUCAAAAUAAUGUGAUUCAAAGAAUAUAUUUUCUGCAAAGCUUGUAAUAAAAUACAGAACAGAAAUGUAUUUUUUGCUUGGCAUCCUGAGAUGACAUUUGUCUUGAGUUUGAGCUAUUUACAUAAACUGAAAUGACUGCCCUCUAUUUAAAUGCACAGCUAAUAAUUAUCUGGAAAAAGCUAAUUUGUUUGAACAAAUAAUCACAACCUCUUGUGGAAUAUUGUUUAACCAACAUUAUCCCAAAGAAAAUAUUUAAUAAAGCUUUAUUUUUCUGUA